AUGGCUCCGAUCGAUCGUUCCGAUCCAUGGGCCUUGCACGCGAACCGGCGCUCCCCGUUCGCCAUCGGCGCAGCAGUAGCGCUGGGCGCUUCGGUGCCCGUGGCCAAGGCCGUCCGCCCGCCUGCGGGAGCGAAUGCUCCCAUCUCGUUUAUGGUCAACGCUGCGGCGUCUCCAGCUCCCGCUACAACCCCAGCCCCGGGACCCGUCGAAGCUCCCGCUACAGCACCGGCUGCAGCACCGACCCUGACAUUUCCCUGGGCUGCCUCGUCCCGCCUCGCUCCCCCCGUCUCCACGGGCGUGGACGGUCGCGAUUAUCGUGACCAUGACAUGGCUAACGAUGCCGACACACAGACCAGCUCUCAAAGCUUCCCGCCCGCAGCUCAACAGCAGCCUACUGCCAACGCCUUCGGUGGAUUCUCACCUGCGCCGCCAAGCGGAGGGUUCAACUUCAGCGCCGGUCCCGCGUCCAAUCCGUUUGCUUCACAAGCCGUAGCGAACAACAACAGCGCCGGUAGCAACACUGGUAGCAACGCCUUCUCCUCCUCUUUCACCUUCGGUAGCAAUCAAUCCGGUGCAAGCAAUCCGUCCGGUGCGAACAACCCAUUCGGCAGCAUUGCUUCGGCUUCCCCCGCGAGCAACGCGUUUGGGAACACCGAGUCGGCGGGCGCCCCAUCAAACAGUGUCUUCAGCUCCUCAUCCGCCCCUUUGAACAACCCCUUUGGAGGCAACAGCACGUCUUCUGCACCGAGCUCGAACUUGUUUGGCGCAUCUUCCACACAGCAGAACGCAUUCGCAAGCAAGCCGUCAGAUUCGUCGAACAACCUUUUCACGAACAAUUCCUCCGGCUCAACCAACGUGUUCGGAGCCAACCCAUCGGCCACUUCUGGCAACAUCUUUGGAUCCACCUCGUCCGCCGCACCGGCGAGUAACCUGUUCGCCGCGGCAGCUCCUAGUGCUCCUAGCAGUACCUCGUUCGGCGCUGCGACGUCUUCCGCUGCUCCAUCGACUAUUUUUGGUGCGGUAGCUUCGUCGUCGCCAUCCACAAACAUGUUCGCUGGCCUUGCCAAGAACUCGGACGCCACGUCCCAGCCGCAGACGGGCAAUGCCUUUGGAGGUACUACCACCUCGGGCCCUUCUGCCAGUGCUUUCGGUGGCACUGCUGUGUCAUCUGCAUCCUCAAGCAAUCUGUUUGGUGGUAACACUUCUUCAGCGCCAUCACCCAAUCUUUUUGACAACAUGAAGACUUCUUCUACGCCGUCUACCAGCGCCUUCGGCGGUGCCACAUCUUCAGCGCCAUCCAACAUCUUCGGCAGUAUUCCAGCUUCAUCAGCUCUGUCCGGCAACAUAUUUGGCAAAAGCGGAACCUCAUCCGCGCCGGCGACCACUCUUUUCGGAGCUGCUACUUCCAACACAUCCUCGGCCCCUGUCAAUGCCUCGAAUGCCCCUAGCGCAGGUCCUGCGGGCAACAUCUUCUCAAAUCCUACCCCGUCUUCAGGGUCAGCUGAAUCCGCUUCUCAGACAGCCAACUUGUUCGCGCAGACAGCGGCGAGCUCUACCCCCCCGUCUGGUUCGUUCAACUUUGGAGGCCAGCCAGGCGCUAAGACCUCGAGCGCAGCAAACGAGCAAAGCAACCCCGCCACUAGCGGACCCAAGCAAAGCUCAGCCAGCAAUCCCUUUCCACCGGCUUCUGCCGCCCAACCCUCAACCAGCGGGGCUGGCAUCUUCAACUUCCCAGCUCAGAGCCCGGCCAAGACCGCCACCGACGCCACUCCGUUUACUGGUUUCGGCAAAGAUACGUCUGGCAAUGCGGAUAGUCAAGCAAAGCCUGCGGCCAACAUGUUCGCUCCGUCUACGUCCAAUGCCACCCCCAAGCUUGGCUCGACCCUCUUUGGCUCGACCAGCGAAAGUCCAUCACAGACUAGUACGAAUCUCUUCAACUUUCAGAGCCAGAGAACUAGCAACGAGGAUGCCCAGAAGCAUGUGCAGAACAGUACAGAGACUCAGGCCAGCAGCACAUCGAACUUGUUUGCAAAGGCGGCCUCUGGUGGCCCAAGCGAAUCGGCUACAACCGAAUCGCCGGGCCAGACCGCUUCUCCGAAGCAGGACAAGCUGGCAGAAUCGACCCGAAGCUCCAAUCCGUUCUCCUCAAUCACGCCGUCCACUACUUCGCUUACUGGCCCAGCCGCGUCUCCAUUCAAAGUCAACGGAGCGCCAUCUGCCCAGGAAAGCUCGAGCGAUGGUGUUGGAAGCCCUGUCAAGCCGAACGCCUCCCCAGCACAGACUUCAGAAGCCACAUCCACGGCUCCUGCAGCUCCCGAUUUCGACAUGUCUAAGAUCGACGUGAAGAAAGUCGAGAUGAUCCGAAAGGUUCGCUGCCUGAAUCGCUGGAUGAAAAUGAAAGCCUCUACAAUGUCAGAAACCGACGAUUUUGCCGCUAUCGCUCAGGUUUACCUGAAAUUCUUCGUCAAGCACACUAGUGCGUACUUCGAUGCUAGACCUAGUGCCCAGGCCCAGUUCCAGACUAAGAGCAAUGGAAAACGUAAGGCAGAUGAUGAGCCUGAAGCUGGAUCACCGAAGAAGUCGAAGGUUCCAUCAAGUCAGGACGACAGCAACUCCGCGGGCGCUUCGAACACCGCCAACGUUUUCAACAGCCUCAUCAACAAGCCUGCCCAGUCUCCUCUGCGUAAUGUUGAGUCGGCAACAUCGCCAGAUGCUGAAGCUGGCCCGUCGUCCAACAAUGUCUUUGGGGCGUCUGCUUCUAGCCCUUUCAACUUCAACCCCAAUGGUGGUAUGUCGGGCUCUACUACUCCUAUUGGAAGCCCGGCGAAGCCCGGCGGCUUUUCACAGUCACCUAUCAAAGCUCCAACAUUCGGUCAAGUUGGAGCUACUGAGAAGACCCCGAGCGCGAAGAGGAGGUCUGAGGAGAUCUCUUCUGACGAGCAGGAGGAGGAGUCGCAGGACGACACCACACAAAAUGACAAGAGGCAGAAGACCUCUACACCAGUGUCAUCCGCCGAUACUGGCUCUGUACUCAAUAGCAGACAGGCAUCUCCUGAUGCUCGCAACCCCUUCGGAAAUCUCUCGCAGGAGGAGAGCAACAAGGAUGGAGACGACGAAGAUGGGUCUGAGGAGGAAGAAACUGUUGAGCAAGGCAGCACAACCCCCACGGCCACCCCCAAGCGCGUCGAUGGUCUUUUCGGACGUAUCACCAAAGACGACAUUGCAUCCAAUGGGGACCCAAAAACCCCCGACGACGGUGGCAUUUUCGGACGUAUUACCGGCACAUCGACCGAUAACUCCAAGCCCGCUGCGGCUAAUCCAUUCGGCUUCCCUGCCUCGAGCUACGAACUUCCAGGCGGAGCUAAGACCGGUCCCGUGUUGAAGACGUGGAACGGCGACGCUGCAUCUCCUAUCAAAUUCGGCACUUCGCAGCCAGCUGCCUCAGACGAUGGAAAGAAGGAGGCUACUCCAUCCGCGAGCUCUAAUCCCUUUUCAGGAAUAGCUACUGGAAACUCGUCCGCCAGCGCCCCGCUCUUCAAGUUCACGCCUGCUCCGACGCCUCCCGCCGGUGACGCAUCCCCCUUCAAGUUCAACCCCCCUGCCGCUACGCCCUCAGGCACAAGCUCUGUCUUUGCUUCGGGCUUUGGCUCCCGUGCCACCACACCCGGUGUUUCUACUGGUGCAUCGGAAAACGAAACGAGUGCGGCUGAGAAUGAUGAUGAUGAGGAAUCGCAGACGGUUGAUAAUGAACAAGUCGCCCUGCAUACUGCUCUGACUGAUGAGGACAAAAAGACCUACGAAGUUCUUUUUGACACAGACAUUCAGCCUGUGACACUCAUGCACCUGGUUGACAGGUCAGAGGAUGAGCUCAAAGCAGAGCCGAAGAAGGGUGCGAAGAAGUGGGAGAGUAAAGGGAAGGGACCCGUUCGUGUACUCAAGCAUAAGGAAAGUGGCGGUGUCAGCAUUCUCUUCAAGGCUGAGCCGAUGGGUCGCGUUCUGAUCAACACGCGCGUCCAGCCCUCGUUCCACUACAAGAAGGCCAAGGCGAAGUUUGCUACCUUCCCGCUCCCGGAUGAGAAGGGCAAAAUUACACCGCAGUACCUGAAGUUCGAGGACGACGCUGACUGCGCAAAGUUCGUCGAUGUUUGCGAGUCAAGCAAGUCAUCGUAG